CAGUUUGAGUUCGAAUUUGGACAGCGCGAGUCGCGCGAAGGUGCCGGAACUUUAUCGGAAAGUGUGUUGCUGUUGUUGUCGUUGUUCUUUCUGCAGCGAACAGAGUGGAUUUUCGCGCUUGGAAGACCCACAGUUGUGCGUAUCGGAUAAAACGAAAAGUGUGUACGCGCAAGUGUGUGUGUUUGUGCUGUUGUGUGCGCUUUCACCAGAGGUUCUAGAAGACGUCAAUUGCCGUUCUGUGGUCUGUGUUCUGAGGACAGGUUCCUUGAUUGACGCGGUGGUUUGUUGCAGUCAACUAAAAAGCGCUUGCGAGUGAAGCGAGCUCAAUAAAAAGUGGUGCACGAUCGAGACGCCGAGGAUCCAGUUCAGAUCAACACACAUUCAUCACACGCUACACAGCAGCGAUAAAAACACAUGAAAUAGAAACCAUUCCAGUAGUAGGUGGUAAUAGCAUCCCUAGCAGGUUCACAAACAGGAAGAGCAAUGCAAGUGGAAAAGAUAGGCGAAGCCGAGGGCUUUUUCGACCGGAUAGUGAACUUUUUUGUGGAGAAUCAAGAUGAGCGGACGCAGGAUUGGUUUCUGUCCGGUUCGAUGACUCCGCUGAUAAUGAUCCUCGUAUCGUACCUGUACUUCUGCCUUUACGCCGGACCCCGCUACAUGGCCAAACGGAAACCAUUCCAGCUGGAGAAGGUACUGAUCGGAUACAACGCGAUCCAGGUGGUGCUCAGUAUGGUGCUGGUCUGGGAGGGUAUUCAAGGUGGCUGGAACGGAACGUACAACUUCAAAUGCCAACCAGUGGAUUACACAAGGAGUCCCACGGGAAUGAGGAUGGCAGGUGCCGUGUGGCUCUACUACAUCUGCAAAGUAGUCGAACUGCUCGACACGGUAUUUUUCGUGCUACGCAAGAGGCAGCGACAGGUUUCGUUCCUCCACCUGUAUCACCACACGCUGAUGCCCGUGUGCGGAUUCAUUGGAGUGAAAUAUUUUGCGGGAGGCCAUGGCAGUCUGCUAGGACUGAUCAACUCGUUCAUCCACGUGUGCAUGUAUGCCUACUACAUGUUGGCAGCGAUGGGACCCAAAGUGCAGAAAUACCUCUGGUGGAAGCGAUACCUCACAGUGAUGCAGAUUAUCCAGUUCAUAAUCGUGUUCUAUCACACAGCGCAAGUGCAGUUCCAGCCGAGCUGCGCGUACCCGAAAUCCAUUGCCGCCCUGUUGACACUGAACGCGGGCAUCUUCAUCUACAUGUUCAGCUCGUUCUACGUGAAGAGCUACACGCAGAAGUCCCAGCAGAAGGCUUCCACCGCCGAGGUCAACAACAACCGGGUGGGCUGCAGUCCAAAGGAAGUGCUGCUGGAAGAUGACAGUCGACUUCAGCAACGGCUCGCGACGGUCGAACAGAAAAAGGAUCUGUGAGGUUAUUGGUAAUUUUUUUUUUGAGUUUAGGACUCGGCAGAUCAUUAGGAUUCCGUUUGAAGCGGAACUCGGGCAAGAGUGAUCGAACGGUUCGUAACGAGUGUGUCCGAACACUUGUACUGUGGCAGUGUUUUUAGUGUAUGUGCAGCUUUUCUACUUUCCACUUGCUUCUGUAAGUUGUACAUUUUUACUCAGAAAAAGCUGAACUUAGGUUAAUAAAUAAUUUAAAUAACGAGAUUAA